UGAAGUCUCGAAAGAAAUCAUCCAUUGCGAUCCUUCAGCGCCUCGGUAAGGAGCGGCAGUGAUGUCGCAGCCAGGUGUCGAUCCGAAGGCGACAUUUGCCAAGUUCAGGAAAUUCUCCUCAGCCUCAUGCAGUGCGCUACCGGCUCCUAACACCAGCAACUCUCCGUCCUCCCCUAGCCGACAUGUGAUGAAUGGAGCGAAGAUAGUGAAGUUUUGCCGGAGACCGUCGCUGCCGGACCUGUCGACUUACUACCUGGAGAUGCCGGAGUUCGGGGUGGACGACGAGAAAUGGAGCUCGUUCUCGUUGCAUAAGAAGAUUCAGCUGAAGAAUCUGGCGAACUCGAUCAAGUUCGUAGAGAAGAAGAUAGAGGAGAAGGAUGGGAGGGAGCUGGCAUCGUUGCCGGAGGUAGAGCAGAUUCAGGAGGUCGGGUGCGAGAUAGCGUACUCUGUUGAUAAUUAGGUGUUCCAUGUACAAUAUUCUUAAAGUCUUUAAAGCUUG